AUGGCAAACAGGCCACCGACGCCAAGCGACAAACUACUCGCCUCUGCCAUUCCCCUUCCUUCCGACACCCCCAUAUCAUGCCACAUAUACUCCCCAGUUGCAGGACCCAGCUCUCAAUCAUACACGCGCGCUUACGCCGACUUAUUGGAGCUCGCCAGACGGGAGGUCUACGUUAGAAAUCAUUCCAACAACGUCCCAUUGACCAAGAGUUUGCUGACGAGUGUCAAUAUUGGUAGUGGGGAAUCUUGCAUUUAUGUUUUCUCGAUAGGGAAGCAGGAUGAGCUGGCUGAGCUUGUCUUCGACGGGCUGGCGGUUACUUCCCAAGUCAAGUUCUCCCCCGCAGACAUCUAUCCCUGCUCCCCCGCCUGUGCCAAUGCAACUAUUCCUUGCUCUGCUUGUCAGGACCCUACUACUCCCCGCCACCUUUUACCUCAACAACAUUUGCGAUUGGUGUACAGCCACUUUUUGGAAGCAGUUCGGACGCGUAUAAUCGACGAUUUGUCGGAAGCUAGCAACUCUCAACAACUUCAGAAGAAACGAUCUGUUAAGCGCUUCAGGGGCGGAUUCGUGCUGGGCCCUCCACCAAGUUCGACAGAGUGGAGCAAAGGUUGGGAUAACCAUGCAUCGUCGCGACCGUUGGUCUUUUGCCAGUUGCAAAUCCACCUCAUUAGCCAGCCUCAGCCGCAAUUCAUAAUUCAUCCGCAAAUGCACACAACUCCCUUUGUCGGUCUCCCUCACGGCCCUGGACGACCCCUCCCUGAUGGCGCGCCAAUUACAUUAUUACCUCAUGGGACCCCUGCAUUUUAUUUGGCAUCGUAUUCGGGCCCAACCUCCGUGCUUAGGCGUCAAUUUCAUGACUCACUCCGAGGGCUGGGUGUUUGUGGAUGGGAUGCCGAAGAAAAUGACAGCUCUACAGGCAAGAACGGGGCUGAUGGACGCGAGACAACAUUCAUUAUUGCAUGGAUCAACGUCGAAAACAAGCAAGGCGAGGAAAAAGGUAUCACAAUCAUAUACCCUUCCAGCCUCUGUCUCGGGUUUGCUCCAGGCGCCCCGUCAUUGUGUUGUUCAGGACGAAGAGAAUCACUUUCAUAUAUUCCAGACCUUCCGCCCCAAUUGCAACCUUCUCCUCAAAUCACUUCGGCUACGCCAGCCUCUGCAGUUUUCCCUCCUCCGGUUCCUUCGCAUCUUGACUUUGCCCUCCAAUCCACAUCAUGUCCUCCUACUCCUUCCCCACUUGCAACACGCUCUUUCAGAAAUCUGACUAUUUCUCGGUCAAAAAACCUGCGGCAAAUUGCAACACAAGUCAAUGGCUAUGUUGAUUCCGUUGCCAAAGAGCGUGAAAGGGAGAGGGAACGAAUGCGAAGAGAACGUGAAAGAGAGGGCAGUUCUCCCCAGCUAGCCCGAGCCAGCACUAUUGGUGCCAUGUCAACUCCAGCAGCCACCCCGGCUUCUAUACCGCCACAGACACCAGGUCCCCUUCCCCCUGCUUCUACUCCUCAAACCGUGUCAAUACAAGCUCCCGCGCCAUCCACUUUCUAUCCAUCUCCGCCUGAAGCUGAUCAGCUUUUUGUCGCUCCAGAUGAGAGUCGGACAUCACCAGUAGUUACGGAGCCUGUCCCACAACCCGAGGCCACACCACCACCCGUCCAAAAGCAACCGCAAGCACCAGCGGCGAGUUUUGAUCCUUUCAUGGACAUCGAUAUGGCUAUGAAUAGUUUCGGUGAUAUGAAUGGAAUGAUUGACAUCGCGAUGGGCAUGGACUUUGGGAUGGGAAAUGCGGCUGCUGGAGCGCUUCAGCAACGUGGAGCUUUGUCGACUACCAUGGAUUUCGACAUUACGGACGACGAUUUCAACUUUUUUGAUGCUCCACACGCUCAAACUCUUCCUCUGCACAGCGCUCCGAAUGCUAUGCAAUUCCAUAGCGGGUCAAUGUCUAUGGGCUUGAAUGGAAUGCUUGGAAUGUCGCCCUCUAAUCUCCUCUUUGGUGAAAGUCCCAGCGCCGCGAUUGACUGGAACCAGUUCACGCCUGGUCCUGAUGUUCACCCAGCCGGUAUACCUAGCGUUCCAGAGCUUCUCCCCCCAACUCCAGGCGAAACACCGAUUGCUCUUUCGGUCUCAGCCCCUGUUACGCCGAGCGUUUAUCUUGCUGACUCAGAAGAUCACAUGACCUCGUGGAACUUUACUCGACGAGUUACGAGCAUCGGACCGCAAGGGAAUUUCGAAGCCAUUCGGUUUGCGGAGGCGCAUCGUCUUGCCGAUGGCAAGUAUGCCAUGGGGAAAUUCGCAUUACCUAGUCCACCUCCCGAGAAGGGCGACGAGGGCACGGGUGGAACGCAUCUUGGAGCUGCGUUUCGCUUAAGCGGUGGUGGUUGGGGAGAUGAUUAUGCCUCCAAAACGGAUCCACGAAUCGCCUUGGUGAAGAAAUUAAUCGGUGUCAAGCGCAAGACAGCAUUUAGGGAAGGUGGCCGGAAAUCCGGCCCUAAAGUGUCCCCAGCUUGGCGAAGGGAGGUCGAAGAUUGGGAAACCCGACUACCAGACACCGAUGAGCCCAAAUCUGACUUGGAAUCGGACGAAGAAGAACCCGAAAUGGACGAGGAAACCCCGUUGGAAUCGCGACCGUCCACACCCCCUCCGCCUUAUCUUCCUCUCGGGCCAACAUUACUCCAUACCCAUUUUCUGCAUGCCCAUUUGCUCCCUCUCAGUGGGCCCCUUCGUCCGCCGGGCUCAGCUGUUGCAGCCCCAUCGAUGACCCCAUCGUAUUCUGGUGCUCUGGCCUCAGUACCGACACCUGUUUCUCCUGCAGCACUCCUUGGUGCAGCGACAGAAAAGUCCAAAUCUCUUGAGGCUGUUGCAUUUGCGAUUGGGCGAGAGAUCGUGGAAAACAGUGUUUGGGGAGAAGCCUGGCGAUCGAGUAUGGCCGGUUCCUCGUAUUCGACGGCCAUGAAAAGCUCCCCAGAUGCGGUUUGGCCCGCGGACAUCAGAAUCGUCGCCCAACUAUUUCAACUCGUGCCGGAGAUUGUUGGGCCACUAGACCUCGACGCGUUGUUCGACCUGAAAGCGAGCGAAGAAAAGAGGAAUAUCGAAACCUUGGAACCUCCUCAUAUUGCUAUCGGGAAGGCAGAAGCGAUCAUCCAGCUCACUCCAUCGGCGCUGAGAUUCUGGGACAAACUCGGUUUGACGCCAAAGGGUGGUCAGAAGAACGCAACUGUGUUCAUGUUGUUUGAGGACGACGGUGAAACACAUGCUCAACUUGUUGAGACAUGGUUGUCUAAACUGACAGCGCUGUACAAGAGUCGAAACCUCGGGACUUUGACCGCUGGCAAGCAUGACAUGUGUUCAAAAGAUGGGGUUUUCCCAAUGCGGUUCGAUUCAACAUUCCGCAAGACUCUUUCUGCAUUUGUUGCUGGCCUUGCCUCACUACCGCAACCCUCUACCUUUGUCUUUUACAUAUGCACGCCAUUAUCGACCAUGUCGCUCCAAUCACCACUACUUCGACAGGUUUUCUCGUCCGCGAAGAAGGCUCUUCAAACACUGGAAGGAGCGUCCAGACCCCUCUUCCAGUUCAUCCCCGAGGUCACAAUUCUGAGUGCAACCACACAGAAUCCCGCACUGCAAAUUUCCGAAUUGAAAGCAGUGUGCUUGUCGACUUAUGAUCGAAUACUAGCGUCAGUGGACCGCGCCAUGUCGCGCCAAUUCUUCGCGCACAGCGAGCCUGUCAGGCAACACUUGCAAGAUUUUGCCUACUCCCUCGCUCGGCCGAUUCGUCCGACAGUGCAUUUCGCCCACACGACCAAGCCUGCGUUGGAUGUGCUUGACGCUGGAAUGCUGCUCCACGUCGCUUAUGCGUUGAGCGAGUGUGGGAAAUGGAUUUUAUGUGCUUGCGUAGACCAGCGAGGCGAUGCCCAUGAUUUGGCUGUUUGGAUGACGCAAACACCCACGCAUGUCGACGACGAUAUUGAAAUGCUCUCGACCGAGGAAUAUGCUGUUCGCAAAAUCUGGGACUUUGCAUUCGGCUUUGCGAAGCGCGCAAGUGUUUCUUGGCGAAUCGCGAUCUCCAAAUUGGGGUCAAUGGAGUCGGCUGAUCUAGAAGCGUGGUCGACGUUUCUCCCCGCGACGGUGGAGAAGUGUUCAAUGUCAGGUAUACAGGUAGCACUGCUGUCUGUCGAGCCAGAUGCUGCUUGGUCAUUUCUACUUCCGGAUGCGAAGCCCUCGACAAACCCGACUGGAAGACCGCCUUCCCGCAUAACCUCGACUUCAACGACGCCCGCUGGUGUCAAGGCGCAACCAUUAUUGGUUGACGUUUCGUCAACAACAUAUGCCAUCUACCCACACCGCCACCUCCCGCUCCCCGUUCCGUUGUCGCCUGCUGUUGACCUAGGACUUAUCGACGGCUAUGUUGCCGAGACUUCUGGCUUGGUCAUUGGUGACGAAGAUAAUGAAGCCGCUACACCGAUCUCUGCUGUCAACCUGGUGACUGCUCCGACUUUUCCCCACCCGCUUCCUAUCCAGCCGCUUUCGACGACAUUGCUGGUCCGUGUACCCGCUGCGUCCAUUGCGAGCACUCCUUCGAUGCUCCACAUUAAUCUUCUGGCGGUGUUUCCUCCCAAACAACCUUCGACUCAGCUGCACAAGGACAUUACACAAUCCUUCUACGAAUUGAGUGUCUUGGGAGCGACACGGUGGCGCUUGUCGGCGAACGGCGGCGCCAACCCGAUAUUGCCGUUCCACCUCGGCGCUGUGGACGCGAUGAAGGGUGCUUUGGGACGGGAGGUCGGGUCAGGUUAA